UUGUAGUUUGUUGUACUAUUAUUUUGAGGUUAUAAAGUAACCUGUAGUAAAUAAAAUUGAAAUUAUUAAUAUUACUGUCGACUUAAUUGUUGUAUUAUAACGUUAUUAAUUUGAUCCGUGUAUAACAUUUCCAUAGAAGUAAUCAAAACUGCAAUGUCCCAACCGGCGAUACCCGUAAAGCCAGCUGGUAAAACUUGGCGAGAUAUAAAUCAAGAACGAAAAGCUUUGAAACGAAAAAGAAAUGAAGAAAAGAUUAUCAAACGCGUUAAAAGAGAAGCUCAAGAAAAGGAACUGGAGGAGAAAGUGAAAGAGGAAGUCAAUAGAGAGAAGAAGUAUUCUGAAAUAUCAACAGUUAGUAUAGCAGUGCCUGGUUCUAUACUCGAGAAUGCACAGUCAGCUGAGCUCAGAACCUACCUGGCAGGUCAGAUAGCUCGGGCGGCUUGCGUCUUCUGUGUGGAUGAGGUUAUUGUUUACGAUGAUAUCGGAGAUAAGAUAGACACAAAGAAGUCAAAAUUAGAUGAUGCUGAUGGUGUCAAAGUAGCUCGAAAAUCUUGUGUGCAGCUGGCCAGAAUUCUGCAAUAUCUGGAGUGCCCUCAAUAUUUGAGAAAACAUUUUUUCCCGUUGCACAAAGACUUAGAAUUUGCUGGUUUAUUGAACCCUUUGGAUGCUCCUCAUCAUUUGAGAACUUCAAAUGAUUUCAGAUUCAGAGAAGGAAUUACAAUGAACAAGAAAGUGAAACCAGGCAGAGGGUCCCAGGUGAAUGUGGGUCUACUGCAAGAUGUGUCGACUGAUAAACUACUCAACCCCGGCAUUCGAGUAACCGUCAAACUGUUCCCAGUUGCUGAGGGCAGUAAGAAGUUAAAGGGGAAAAUAGUCAGUCUGGCCACACCCAGGGCUGAGACUGGGGUGUACUGGGGCUAUACUGUAAGAAUAGCUAACAGUCUUGGCCAGAUCUUCUCCCAAUGCCCAUACAAAAAUGGAUAUGAUUUGACUAUUGGGACAUCAGACAGAGGAAAAUCCAUUGAUGAAUUACCUAACCAAGGCUUGAAAUACAACCAUACCCUCAUAGUGUUUGGAGGGCUGCAUGGUAUAGAGACAGCCCUGGAGUGUGAUGAGCAAUUGAAAGUGGAUGAGGCAAGUUUACUCUUUGACCAGUAUGUGAACGUCCUGCCCAAUCAAGGAUCCAGAACAAUCCGGACUGAGGAAGCUAUUCUUGUAGCUUUGUCUGGUCUUAGACCUAAGCUAAAAGCCAACAAUGAACCCAUGGUGUUCCAGGAAAGUGCUUCUCUGCCGAGCAGCUCAAUAUUCAAAGCAAAAGCUGAAAGUCAAAAAGUGACAAGUGAUGGAGUAGAUUUAAGCAGAUUUGAUUAAAAUAUACAUUAGUUUAAGAAUA